GAGUCGAGUAGCGCGUCGCACAGCGCAGCCGCACGCAGCGGCCAACCGGAGCCUAGCGCGCCGAGAGCCGAGCCGAACCGAGUCGAGCCGAGCCGCCGCGUCCCGUUCUGGAUUGAGUGUGGAGUGCAGUGCAGCAGUGCAGUGCUAGUGUUCGACGCCCUCCCUGGCGGUCACCCUGGCGGCCACCAUGGCGGCGCCGAGGAGGCUGCUGCCGAUGCUGCUCGCCCUCGCGCUGGCCGUCACCAACGUCGGCGCGGUGGAAGCCGAAGAGAAGGUCUCCGUGGAGGAGCCGACGCCCGCCUCGGACUUGGCGCACGAGGACGACGCCGAGCCGGCCGAGUACCGGGAAUUCCAGCAGUUCCGCUUCCCGGACGACCCUCGCUUCGACCCGCGCCUGCACCAGCUGUCGCCGCAGCAGCAGUCGCAGAUCCUGGAGGACAUCCGGCAGCACCACCGCUUCCACCAGCAGCACCAGCAGCAGCAACUGCAGCAGCAGCAGCAACAGCGGCCGCUGCGGCCGCGGCGCCCCGACGCGGCGUUCAACCAGCAGCCGCGGAGGCCCGAGUCCCACCAGGAGCAGUUCAACGUCAUCAGCCGCCAGCCGCCCUUCCGGUUCCAGGGCGAGCCCGAGCAGCCCAACCCCUUCAAGAUCACGCUCUCCGACAAGCCCAUCGUCAACUUCCACCCCGUGCCGCAGCUGCCCACCGUGGCCGCCGUGGCGCCCGUGCAGCCCGUGCUGUUCGUGCAGCAGCCCCAGCUCGACGACGCCGCCCUGCUCGCCUUCCCCCAGCCGCACUUCGGACCGCCCGAGGCCGUCCACCACCAGGACGCCGUCCACCACCAGGACCACCAGCAGGAGCCCAUUCGCCACCAGGAGCCCAUUCGCCACCAGGAGCCGAUCCGCCAUCAGGAACCUAUUCGCCAUCAAGAGCCUAUUCGCCAUCAGGAACCUAUUCGCCAUCAAGAACCCAUCCGUCAUCAGGAGUCCAUCCGCCAUCACGAGCCGAUCCGUCAUCAGGAACCGAUUCGACACCAGGAGUCGAUCCGCCAGCCCCCGAAGCACGAUAACAACCUGUACAUCCAGCCGGCACCGACGCACGGCCAGGAUGCCGACGCCCCAAGCCAGCACUUCGGGCACAGCUCGGCCGAGUACAAGGAGAACACGAUCGCCACGUCCUCGCAGAACUACUUCGCGCAGAACUUCAACAAGCAGCCCAGCAACAAGAUCCCCCUGGAGCCGCAGACCCCCCAGACGACGCCGGACUACUUCGAGCCCGCGGGCACGCCGUUCCCGCCGUCGCGGACGCAGCCGCCGCGCUCCGAGGUGAUCCACGACAUCCCCGUGGCCGUGACGCGGCCGCAGCUCGCCACCGAGGCCCCCGUCGUGCUGCCCACCCUGCCGUCCAAGCCCUCCGGUGGCGCCAAGCCGCUGUACUUCGGCGACCGCAAGCAGCCCAAGCUGUCCACGCCCGGGCCCACCCUGCCGAAGAUCAAGUUCCCCAAGGAGCUGGAGGAGGAGUACUCGCUCGUGAGCGUCAAGCACCUGAACGAGGCCGUGUCCGAGGCCGAGCACGCCCGCAGCACAGAGCGCCCCCGCAACGCCAAGAUCCGCCUGGAGAACCACCUGCUGCAGCAGUACAGCCCCACGCCGGGCGAGGUGGAGCAGACCACCACGAGUGACUACUCAGCCGUGCACCUCCAGGACGACCGGAAGCAGCUCCUGGACCAGAUCACCAAGGCCCACCAGAGCGAGCAGGCGACGCGCACGCCGCGGCCGCGCAAGACCACCAAGCCGUCCAAGGAGAUAAUCGAGAUCACGUACCAACAGAAGCCCAGCACGCCGCGGCCCGCCACCAAGGCGCCCAAGAAGACGGACGACGUGGUGCACCCGCCCGACCUGCAGGAGCAGUUGCUGAAGCAGCUCCAGGAGCAGUUCAGCCAGCGCAAGGACCUGGUGCAGCAGCUCAAGCUGGACCCCGAGGCCGGCGUCGUACCGUCCAACAUCCUCACCUCCACGGACUUCCUGCCCAAGAACGCCACCGGCCCCAUCAUCACGUCGGGCGGCCAGAAGUACCAGGUCAUCUCGCUGCCCGCCAAGGAGGCCCAGGCGCUGCUCGCCAAGCAGAAGGCCUCGGCGCCGAGGUCGUCGCCGACCCCCGCGGCCAGCACCACCACGGCCAAGCCGCCCAAGAAGGUGCUGGACGAGCUCACCAAGGGCGUCAUCCCGCACGGCGCCGACUUCGAGAUCAUCCGCAAGACGGAGGACGGGCGGCUGGAGCCGGUGCGCGGCGUGCCGUCGUCGCUGCCCGACAAGAAGGUGACGUUCGUGCUGCUGGAGGAGCAGCACGACGGCUCCUACAAGGUGCAGGGCGUGCGCGGCAACGAGGCCAGCAAGGAGGCCAACGAGGACGGCGUCGACUCCAUCCUCAAGAAGAUCAAGGCGGGCGAGAUCGAGCUGCCGCCGCCCUCCAGGGACAACAGCGUGGCCAAGCGCACCACGGCCGCGCCGCCGAGGAGCUCCUCGUCGGACUCGUACGCGUCGCCGUCGUCGCCGACCUUCGGGCCGACCACCACGCCGACCGCGCCGACCAGCUACGAGCCGUCGCCGCCGCCCUCCAACAACAUCAAGGUGUACGUCAACAGCGGCUCCGGCGACCUGCACCAGCAGUCCAGCCCCAACAACAUCUACAGCACGGUGGCGCCCGACGACUACCCCUACUCCUCGUCGACCACCAGGCCGUCGUACUCGUCCGCGCCGACGUCGCCCGCGCCGUCCACCGUCUACAACACGUACCCCACGCCCGCCAGCAACGACUCGUACAUGACCAGCCAGACGUACCACAACACGGACGCGGUGCCCGCCACGCACAGCAGCCCCAGGCCCAACUCGUACUUCACGGAGCCCACCACCAACCCCGAGGCCAACUGGCAGCUGUCGGCGUCGUCGGCGCCCUCCUUCGCCAGCCCCACGCCGCUGCCCCCCAGCCCCGCGCCCACCACGCACACCAACAACAACAACAACUACUACUCGCAGUUCCUGCCCACGGUGUCCUCCGUGUCGGACAGCAACGCCAUCCCGUCGUCGACGGCCGACCCGGCGCCCUACUCGGUGGAGCCCCAGAUCAAGGACUUCUACAGCCCGCAGUCCGAGGCGCCGCACUUCGCCGAGCCCGCGCCGUACUUCCCCGACGACUCCAAGAACCACCGCGCCAUGUACGCGCCGCCCGUCAACCACAAGUACGCCAACCUGACGGCGUCGUCGCGCGCCCCGGACACGCUCAUCGACACCCUCAAGAGGAACGGCUUGCACGCAAUGGCGCGCUUCCUGCGCCAGUCCGGCCUGGACAGCAUCCUCAACGACACAGGCCCCUACACUGUGUUCGUGCCGACGGACCGCGCCUUCAAGACCCUCCUCGUCCAGCUGGGAGGCCCCGACCGCGCCGAGGAGAAGUUCCGAGAGAACCCCAGGCUUCUCAGCGGGCUGCUGUUGCACCACGUGAUCCCCGGCGCCUUCAGGCUGGCGUCGCUGCAGGACGAGAUGACGGGCGUGUCGCUGGCCGGCACGCAGCUCCGCGUCAACACGUACACCAGCCAGGACGACGAGUGGAACGACGUACAGGUGGUGACCAUCAACGGCGCGCAGGUGCUGCAGGAGCUGAGCGACAUGCCCAUCCCGCAGGGCAUCGCGCACUCCGUGGACAGGGUCAUGUUCCCGCUGCCCGUCGGCGACCUGGUGCAGACCCUGGCCGCCGACAAGGACCGCCGCUUCGCCACGUUCCUGCGCGCCGUCCGGUCGUCCGGGCUCGCCGACAUGCUCACGGGCAGCAAGACCUACACCGUGUUCGCGCCGACGGAGCGCGCCUUCCAGGGCCUCAAGGACGCCGACCUGGCCAGGCUGACGACGGAGCGGGCCGGGGCGCGCGCCCUCGUGCUCAAGCACAUCAUGCCCACCACCUUCUACUCGGCGGGCAUGAGGUACUUCCAGGUGCGGGAGAGCAUGGCCAGAGGGAAGCAGAUCACCAUAGUCAACGAGGAGGGGAGAAUAAAGGCCAACGCCGCGCUGAUCGUCACGCACAACAUCCCGGCCACCAACGGGGUGGUGCACGCCAUCGACACGCUGCUGUAGAGCCUCGUCCCUCUUCCCCUCAUCGCGGACGCCUCGCACUGCAGCAGCCGUCGUCGCCAAAAGCCUCUUUCGUUGAUCCCACCAACUCCCCCCUCCCCUCUGGGGACCAUUCGCGUUGUGCGUGUGCAACGCG